UCGCUUCUUUUGAUGCCACCGGUUUUGUAAUAUAACAGUGUUAAAUAUACUUAUUAAAUAAACUACGUACACGUUAUUUUCUAUAACCGAUAUAAAAGUUACUUCACGUGAAUUAUUAUUGUGGUCGAUUAUCAAAUAGAAGUUAAAAAUAGAUAGUAAACGAAAUGAAGACUGUUUUUUUCAGGCGAUAUCGCCGAUUGUCGUUCUUUAAGGCUUUAUGUUUUAUGGUGGUAGUUUUUACAACAUAUAUUCGCGGAGCUUAUGGUAUAACAACUAAAUUGCAAUCAAUUAGAAAUCAUCAACAGAUUGAUAAUUCCGACACUUCUAUAUCAUCCACUUACCAAGAUGCUCAUAUUCAGCAAAUCGGACUAAAUCCUGAAUUGUUUUCGCAAGAUAAAAUAAGUCCUUCUUUAUCUCCUGAUCAACAAAAACACAUUUUAGAGGAUGUCCGUCAAUCUGUAAUUGACAACAGUAAAGAAUUUGAAACUGACACUUCACAUACAAGUAACGGUCAACCGAAACAAAGGUCUUUGACCUAUUUACAAACCAGUGGUGGAAAUGUACAUCACCAUAACUCACAUAGAUACCAUGGCCAAGAAAUAAUACAAAACCAUAAUAAUUAUCACCAUAUUAAUAAAAAUAAUGAUGUCAAUAUAUUAUCUCCACCUCCACCACCUUCUAAUCCACCAUUUCAGCCUUCGCAGACAUUAACAGACUUAGAUCGAAGACGUAUAACUAAUGAAGGUGUUAAUAAUCAAAAAUAUCAAUUGCAACAAUAUUCUCAACAACAUAUUUUAGGUUCACCAUACAGGUCUCAGCAAGUAUUACCACCUUCUGAUUUUAACAGUCAUGCGGGACAUUACAUACAUGCACAAGCGGAUGAAAAAGAUAACUUAUUUUAUAGACCCGAUAAAUCGUCAGAAACGAUUAAAAAUGGCGCAUUCCAAGAGUCAACUAUAUCGUCACCUCCAAAAUAUUUUGAUCUUAACAAUAAAUAUGUUGUUAGUACAUCAACGCCUUCGACAAUACUUCCAUCUUUCAAACCAUCGGUUGCUAUUGAUACAGAGCCACUACGAGAACAAAAUGACGACACCUCAGAAAUAGAACAGCAAAUAAGAAAACAACUACAAUAUAACGAACCUUCUAUUAUAUCUCCAAAUUCAAAGUCUUCUUCUGCUAUAAAUAACUUAUUAAAAAAUCAAAAUCAAAACACCAAGUUCACCAUACUAAAUGCACCAGAAGAUUUUAACCCAGCUAACUUAUCAUCUUUGCCUGGUUUUCCAGCAGAUUUUUUGGGAGGAUCUUCGUCAGGUCAAAAUGAAUUGGUACAAUUACCUCCUGGAGUUGAUAUUUCCAGCAUACCAGAAUUAAGCAAUGGUAUAAAAGGCAUUUCUAGCACAAUAGAUAAUAAACGUAUACUAUCCAAUACAGCCAUAAAAACAAUUGUGAUUCGACAAAAACCAAAUACAAAGUCAGAAAGUCUCACUACUACAACUACUACUACCACUACGGCUAAGCCACCCAGUGUAGUUCUCGAUGAGUUAACAAAAAAUGUACUUCCCCCGGGAGCAGAUUACCAAGUUAUAAGACAUGAUCCUGAGAUGGGUCUUUUAGAACAGGUUCAAUUAGACAAAUUGACCUAUGGUUCAACAUCAGCUGAUUCUAACUCAUCGCCGUCAAAUAAAAAGGUGACAUUUGUGAUACUAGAAGAAAGGCCAGACGGAACAGUGCGUGUUCAAGGAGUUCGUGAUAAUAGUGGAGGAAGUAAUAAUGAUAUUUUAAAUGUGGGUAACAUUUCAGGGGAUAAUUCUGCAUCGGCUUCUUCAUCAGCUUCAUCUGAACUAAAUACAAUUAUUGAUAAAUUAAAUAGAGGUGAACUCAAACUUCCACCCAGCAGCAUUUCAAAUUCGAAGAAAACAAUGGCUAAUAAAUCAUCAGUACUACUGAAACCAGCAUCAACAACGACUUCUAAAGGUACUCCAACUUCAACUACAGUGCCCGUUCCAACUCCCCUUUUAGUAGACAAAUUUAACGAUCAAGAUAAUUUUGCACAGUUACGACCUGUUUACAAAGGACCCUCAAAAGUUGGACCUAAUCGUUUAAGUACGAUUAAAAACAAAAAACCUUCAGACUAUAAUAGUAAUGAAUAUUCAGAAGAAUUCGAUCCUAUUAAAUCCUCAACGACUAAUCCUUUUAAACAAUACCAAAAUAAUGAUAUAUUUUUGCCGACCGCAAUAACUACAGUUAAAACAAUUAAUCCAAUAAGUACACUUUAUCCUACCAGUACCGCGUCAACGCCAAUAACCUGGAGUAAACCUAUCCUGAGCAAAACCAAAGAAAAUAUAUUUCCUUCUGUAGACCUAUUUAAACAAUCAUCUAACACUCCUUCAGAACCUUCAUUUGUGCUUGACGACAAUGUUAAUAUUUUCAAACAAAAUGAAGAAAUUGAGGAUUCAUUUCAACAUGAUUUACACGACACCGAUUUACCUUUAAGCUCGUCUCACCAUCCGUCGACUUUAAGUAAUGUACUAAAAAACAAAGGAUUCUAUGCUAUGGCUAAGUUUUUAAAAAAAUCUGGACUGGAUUCUAUUCUCAAUGAUACUAUGGGACCAUUUACAAUUUUUGUACCUACAGAUAAAGCGUUUCGAUCGCUGUUAGUUCAAUUAGGUGGGCCUGACAAAGCGGAUGAGAAGUUCCGAGAAAAUCCUCGUCUAUUGAUUGGCCUAUUAUUACAUCAUGUGAUACCCGGAGCUUUCAAUGUUAAGUCGCUACAAGAUGAAAUGACUGGAGUAAGUUUGGCAGGAACUCAAUUGCGAGUUAAUACAUUUACGACACAAGAUGUUGAGUGGAAUGAUAUUAAAGUAAUUACUAUAAACGGAGCACGUAUUUUGGAUGAUAAAAAAGAUAUAGUUGUUAAUUACCCAUCAGAUUCUUCAUCUUAUGGAGUUCAUAGUAUAGCACAUGCUAUUGAUAGGGUUCUUUUCCCUUUACCAGUAGGUGAUUUAUUACAAACAUUACAAUCGGAUCGCGAUCAAAAAUACACAGAAUUUUUAAAAUUAAUCAGAUUUUCUGGAAUGACAUCGGUUUUAUUAGGUUCUAAAACACAUACUUUAUUUGCUCCUGUUAACCGAGCUUUUAUGGGAAAUAGUAAUGCAUCUAGACUUUUAGAACACAUCGAAUCUGCUUCAGCAGGAUCCAAUGAUCCAGUUGAAUUAUUGAAUAUUGAAGAAGCAAAAGCUUUGGUCAUGAGACAUCUUGUACCAAAUGCUGCUUUGUAUACAGCUGGCAUGAAAUUUUACCAAGUUAAAGAUAGCCUUCUGCUUAAAUCUAUCCCGUCAUCAUCAGCUCAAUUAACUAUAUAUAAAGACUCUGGAAAAGUAAGAGUUAAUUCUGCUAAUAUUAUAGCACGAAACAUUCCAGCUACAAAUGGAGUAGUACAUGCCAUUGAUUCCUUAUUGUAAGACUUGUAAAAAAAAACAUGUUAGUUAUGCUUUUACUAACAAUUAACUAGUAUACAUGAAUAAUCAUUAAUAUUACCUAUAAAUGGAUGCCAAUUUAUUUUUAAAUCUAUUUUAAUAAGCAUUUGUAAUAUACUUACAUUAUGUGUAUUUAUUUUUACUUAUUUUAUAACAUUAUAUUUGUUUACUUUUUUGUUUAAAAAGCUAAAAACCCAAUCCUCAAGUCAUUUUGAUUUAAAAAAAUUAAGAUGACAAAUUAUUGGUU